CUUAGUCGUUUGAUUUUCUGUUCCCACAGUCGACUGGUGGAUCCACUAACUACAGAUUUGAGGAAUAUGAAUGGUUUAGCUAAGAAAAUGAGGCUACGGCGCAUUGAGAGAGGAGCACUAACCCUUGCUUCUGCUGAAGUGAAAUUUCAAAUUGAUACUGAGACUCAUGACCCUCUUGAUAUUGGUAUGUACCAAAUUCGGGAAGCAAACCAAAUGGUGGAGGAGUUUAUGCUUGCAGCUAACGUUUCUGUUGCAGAACAAAUUCUUAAGAGUUUUCCUUCGUGCUCAUUGUUAAGGCGUCAUCCGACUCCAACAAGAGAGAUGCUUGAACCUUUGCUGCGGACUGCUGCUGCAGUUGGUCUCCACUUGGAUGUCUCAUCAUCAAAAGCAUUGGCUGAUUCUCUUGACCAUGCUGUGGGUGAUGAUCCAUAUUUCAAUAAAUUAAUCCGCAUAUUGGCAACUAGAUGCAUGACUCAGGCGGUUUAUUUUUGUAGCGGCGAUCUAAGCCCUCCAGAAUAUCAUCAUUAUGGGCUUGCAGCACCUCUAUAUACUCAUUUCACCUCACCUAUUAGAAGAUAUGCAGAUGUCGUUGUUCACAGGCUACUUGCUGCAUCUUUAGGAAUAUCCAAGCUACCUUCAAUAUUUCAAGACAGGCUCCAGCUCACUAGUAUUUCAGAUAAUCUAAAUUAUCGGCAUAGGAAUGCUCAAAUGGCUGGCCGGGCCUCUGUAGAGCUCCACACACUCAUUUAUUUCCGAAACAGGCCAACUGAUACGGAGGCUAGAAUAGUCAAAAUAAGAUCCAACGGAUUUUUUGUUUUUGUUCCCAAAUAUGGCAUUGAAGGGCCUGUGCAUCUGAUGCCAAGAGCUGAAAAGGGGAGUGGGGAAUGGUAUGUAGACGAGCAACAGCAGAAGAUUAGAAAGAUGGAUGGUAGCAUUUCGUACAGCAUUCUGCAGGCAGUUGCAAUUCACAUGGAGGUUGUGGAGCCACAGCCUAACCGGCCAAAACUUCAGCUUACUCUCAUAUAGUGGUCUAAGUAAUGGUUAUUUUCUUCUAGUGACUGAUAUUUAGCACUAACCACGUCACUACAAGAGCAGCACAGGCAUGCUGGGACCUAGUGAAAUGGAGCUCCCCUAGAUUAUCAUUUGAUCCAGAUGCUGUGCAGUAACUGGGAGAAAGUAGAGUGAGAGAGGAGUAUGGCUUGUUUUCCAGUGUGGGUAAAUAAUCAUGCAUCUUUUUUCUCAUCGUUUUUGCUCCAAGAUUUUUCCUCAGUCACUGGAGGGAAGGGGAUUUACUCUAUCCUAUGCAUUAUUCUCAGCAUUGGACGGGAUACCUCCUAUGCUUUUGUUAUACAAUUACCUUGUACCCAAUAUAGAUCAUAUUUUAACACUGUCAAGCUUA